AUGAUUCCACCGGAGAUGGAUGACGCCAAGGCGUACCACGCCAUUCCUUCAGAUCCAGACGUUCUGGAAGAGGAAAUUCCAAGCCGAUCCCGCUGGGGACCGAACCCCCGUUAUCUGAUAGCCACCGUAGCCGCGCUUAUCUUGGAGUGGGCCACGAUGUUCUGGGUAGUUUCCUUGGGAGAUUCGACGCGCGACUACUUCGUCUUCACUUUCAUGUUCGGCGCCGCCAUAGCCAUAGUGAUGGUUGUCAAUCGCUCUAACCCUGGAGUUGUGCCAAAGAACGUGGACUUGGAGCUCUAUCAGCGAGAAGCAUUACCGGCUACGGAGGUUGAGCUUAAUCAGACCCGUUUCAUUCAGCGCUGGUGUGUUGCGUGCCGCCUGUAUAAGCCUCCUCGGGUCAAGCAUUGCUACGAGUGCGGACGUUGCAUAUCACGCUUCGAUCACCACUGCCCAUGGAUGUCUAACUGCAUCGGCUCCAACAACUACAAGAUGUUUAUGCUCUUCUGGCAACACUACUUUGGCAUGCAGAUAUUCUCCGUCUAUUUUAUAGGGCUAUCUAUGAGCCAACUGUCUGCCACUUCGAAGGUGUCUCUUGGGGACGGUGCCAUCCGUAGCUUUGCCUCGGAGAAUCCAUUCCUGAUCUUUUUGCUAGUUCUGGCGUGCAUUCGUCUGCCAGUUGUGGCUUACAUUACCAUGGCUAACGCGUAUUUCAUCUGUCGCAACAUGACCUACUACGAGUACCUAACGCAGCCGUACGAAGGCAAGAACCCCUUCGAUCAAGGCCUGUGUCAAAACAUAUACACCUUUAUGGCACUGCCGUGGAUUGAUCUUUCGCGUGAAUGA